CGCUGUCAACUUGGUCCGCAUAGGGCGCACGAUUAGCGGCGCCGGCCACUCGCGCGCCGACCGAACUGAAGCUGCGCCCGCGCCGCCUGCCGCGCCAGGACGCGACUGCACUCACCAGGAACAGUGCGCAGUUGCAUAAUUAUGUGAAAAUGAAUUGUGACGCCCAAUAUAGUGAAUUUAUAUAGUGUUGUCGCAUGACAUUCUGUUCUGCAAUAUUCAAGUGAUACCCCGGUUGAGAGAUGCUGAAGGGUCGCGGGCGGGACCCGCGCGGCGUGACGUCGCCGCCGCCGGCGCACCUCGCCAGCGUGCUGCGGCCGCCCGCGCACGCGCACGCGGCUAUGCGACCCACCACGCCGACCAUGCACCGAGGGCCCGCGCUCAGGCCGGAACCCGACUACGAAGUGGUGGAGUUCCCAAGUGAACAAUACGUGAAUGCGAAGAUACAGCCGCCACCGCCACCGCCCCCGCGACCACCGACAGGUCACCCAGUCGACGCAGGCGCAUCGUGUGGGCUGUGCGGCGGCGGCGGCGCGCGCGUGCGCUGCGCUGAGUGUGGGCGCCGCGCGCUCUGCGCUUCCUGCGACGACAUGUACCACCGCCACCCCAAGCGCAGGCAUCAUCAGCGACAGGCGUUAUCACCAUCACAAUUACGAGAAGAAAGGCCACCACUUCCGCCGAAGGCAGCGCCGCCUGUGCCGCCGCCGCGUAAACAUAAGAUAAGCGGAGAUAGAAUGAGCGCUAGCCCGAAGCCACCCGUACUGGAUCAACGAAGAGCAACAUUAAGCUCACCGCGCCACGUGUCCAUGAUGAUGGGGGCACACAGUCAGGGGCCUCCUCUGUCACCUGGCAACCACAUCCCGCCUCAACAUGCUCAUCAGCAGAUACCCCUACAUCUUCAAGCUAAACUUACCACGACGCCAACACCACACCACCUCGGCAGUAUGCCAUUCCUACCAACAAAUAUGCAUAUGAAUGGUGCACCGCAUGCUCCUGGACAAGGACAACAAUCCAAUACUCUUUCACACACUCACAUAAAUGCAGCUUGGAACCGCCCUCUGGGAUCACUACAGGGUUUUGGAGUUCAACCGAACAUGGCUAUGCCAACCGAGCAAUGGGACAAUUCAGACAACAUGGGUCCCACUAUGCACAGUUGGGGUCGACCUCUGCGUCGGGGUGCAUCCGUGCUGGAACUUGGCGGUGGUGCUGUGUCAGGUUGCGCCGGCUGCGCUCACUGCGCCCCCGUGCCCUGGCGGUAUGGUAGCUGUGCCAGUCUCGACCACCCCUGGGCUAACACUAACCCUGGAUGGGCACCUACUUGCUGUCCUCCUGGUCACCCAAAUCAAAACAUGCCACCACACCCACACCCACAUCUACACCAACCACAAACACCUCAGCCUUAUAGAAGAGGUGAAAGUCGUGCAGUUUCUCGUGCCGCAUCACGUGCUGGAUCCCGGGCAGCGUCUCCGGCUAUGAGUGUACGGUCCCGAACAUCUAGACGCACGAAGCAUCGUACGCCAUCACCGCCGCCACUGCCGUCUAGUGAUGCUGAUUCUGAGAGCGAAAGCGACAGUGACCAUGACCUUCCUGCUAAGCAACAAGAGAAGGGAGAAGAUUGUUUGGGACCCGCCCCUCCACCACCUAAUUCAACUUGGCAAUGCGAGCACUGCACUUAUGUGAACGAGCCCGGCGUUCGAGUAUGUGCUAUCUGCUGCCGUACACCUGUUACUGUUCCUAAAACGAUUACCACGGAUAUUACUGAUAAUGUUGAAAGACUGAAAAUCACUCAUACUCAAUCUCCAUCACCUGCACGUGUCACUGAGGAGCCCCGGUUUGCGCGAGUUUCAGAUGCAGAAAAAUCUAAAACGAGAUCUAAGAAGGAACGCACAUCUACUGGAUGCGGGCCAUCACCACCUCGAGAAGGAAAUAUAGCUAAGAAGUCAAUAAACCGACUAGUUACGCCUACGAGAGAAUCGAGCACUAACAAUCAUAAUCAAGACAAACUGCAAAGUAGACACGAUAUGGCUGUAGGACCUUCACCACCUCGAGAAGUUAGAAAUGGCACGAGACAUGAAAUGAGCACCGACAUGUCUCCUCCACGAGACACAAAUAAAACAAUGCGAGUUUCACCUUUUCGCGACAGUAGGAAUUCACCGCGGCCUGAAGUACCAAAGCGCCACAGCAUAUCUGUGGGGCCUUCACCACCCAGAGAGGACACUUAUGUUAACACACCAGUGAAAAAUUCUCAAAAUGUCCAAAAAAAGUCCACUGGGACUUCUCCGCCUAAAGACGCUGCCGUUGAGCAGCGCUCAUCAUCGGCAGCCACUAACAGAACGAAUGUAUCUAAUACUGGCACCUCUCCACCUCCGCAAAGUAUUUCCACACAGACAUAUGAAGUUCCCAAUACAAACGCUUGGGAACGCGCGCCCUCCGUGUCAAGAUCUCGACCGAGAAGACGGUUCCGAGACGAUAGUAGGAGAGAGCGGUCUCAAAGCAGACAUUCGAUGUCAAGCGAUACUCGUGAAAGCGAUCGUAGCAUCCGGACAGCUGGCCCAAGUAACAGAUGGGAGUGGCGCGAACGUGACAGCAGCCCUGGAGACUGGGGUGAUAACUACAGUCGCUUGUCCCGCCGCGCAUCACAUCUCGAUCUACGCCGCUCACGCCCUAAUCGUCGCUCUACAUAUUAUGGCUCCGAGGCACCAUCACCAGAGCGACAACCUACAACUCGGGCCAUUUCGCUAGAAGCUCUUGCUGGAGCCGGAGCUAAGCGAGAAGCGGAAAGAGGGAUGGAACUAGCGCAACUAAUGAGUGAAGCUGAAUCGCUAGGUUUUAGCGCUGCUGAAGUGCAAGCAGCACUAACACAAAGCCCAGCAUCACCACUGGCUUGGUUGCGAGAACGUUGGCCCAGUCUGUGCGCAGGCGUGCGUGCCGCCGCUGCACGUCUUGCACCUACAGCUGCCAUCACUGAAUUGGAAGCUAGGGCAGCUCUCGCUAGACAUAGAGGAGCUAUGUGGCCGGCUGUCACAGAAUGUGUCGAAAGACACAGACGAAAGGCGGAGAUGAUAGGCGUCGGAGAAGAAGGAAGACUACGAGGGCAUGUCUGGGGUUCCCCUGUGGGAGCAGAUGACGACGCAGUUCCACCACGCUCUUCAUCCCGCCAAUCUCACCGCAUGCGCGCAGAAGAUAGUUCAGAUGAGUUUGAAGCACCGACACCACCCAUAUUCCAAGAGGAUGACUGGAUGUAUUUACCGCUAAACGUGAAUUUAGAUGAUUACGACAGAGAAACUAAUAUACAACCAAAUACAGUAAAUAAUCAAAAAAUAACUGAAAGCAAAGAUGAUGUCGUCAAUAAAAUCAAAACACUUCUCCAAGAAGCAGGAGUUCCUGCCAUUGAUGAAAAUUUGCUGUUACGUGGAUUGCUCUCUAAUAAUAACUUGAAUAUGAAGACACCACAGGUUGAUUUAAUCCAAUCCGAAAAUGAUUUUAUAGACGCCUACAAUGCACUAACAAGGUCAAGCCCAUUACCUAAUAUAGAUAAAGCUACCACCAAAACUAAUAUUUUAAAUGAAAACCAAUUUCAAUUGCAAAAUGAAUUAAAACAAAUUGCAGUUGUAAAUAAAAAUGAAACUAAAAAUCAUACACCAAUCCCUUCUGAUGAAAUUACAUCGCAACACAUACAGCAGCAACAGCAAAUGGACAAGCCUGAUAAUAACAAACAAAAACCGAAGAUAGCAAACAGUAAACAAAUAACAAAAAAAAAUGAUGAUAUGCCUUUAGAAACACAACAAGCCGAACAAAAAGAUGGAAACUCGGAAGUUAACAUUAUCAUACAGGAAAGUUCGCAUAGUGAGCAGAAUCUGCGUAAUUCAACUGAUCAAAACCGAUCUAAAUUAAUUUUAGAAUACAAUGGAUCAAACAUUCCAGAAAAUCCUAACAAAGCUGAAGAUAAAAAUUCAGAAAAUAACGUUCUCAGACCAAUGGAAGAUAAAUCGAACAACCUUACAGACAUAGUCGACAACACACAAAGACUUAUUCAACAAAUGAAAGAAGAAAUAAACUCUGAUAUUAAUUCCAUAGAUGGAAGAACAAUAUCCCAAAGUGAAUCCGAAUCCGGCUCUGAUGAAUCAAGUGAUGAACAAGAAUCAAGUUAUAGUGAGUCUGAAGAAAUAACAGACCAUAUAACCUCAGAUGAAAAAGAAGUCACAAGUUCUGAAGACGAGGAGCCCUCUGAAAAACCACAAGCUUUACAAUAUGUCACAAGUUCUGAGGAAAAUGAGAAUUUUGAAGAAGCUUUAGAUCAUGUAGAGAACCAAUUAGAAGAUUUUAAGCAUGCAAACAUUGAAAUGCUAGAUUCGAUUGCUCGUACUUUACAAGAAGAGCAUACUAUUACAUUAGAGUUAAACGAAACACAGCAACAGAAUGUUUCAAAGCCCCUAAAAGAAGAUGUCAAUAACAAUUUGUUUAAUGCUGUAAAUAGUUUUGAAGAAAUUUAUGAAGAACUAAACAGUCAAAACAAUGUUGAUAAAAGCUGUCAUAAUGAACAAAUGAAAACACAAAACAACGAAAAUAACUAUCAAAACAUAGAAUUGUUUGCAAAAGAGGCGGUGAUUUUGUCCGUAAUAAAACCAAUAGCUUCGACUCAAUUAGUAAUAUCAGAAAAUAUAAACCCUGUCUUUAAUGCCGUCCUAGAAAACAUAGAAGUACAAGCAAAUAAUGCUGUCAUUGAAAAUUUAGAAAAGGAAUCACAAGAAGUAAUAGAACCGUCAUCGUUAAAUGAAGGAGAUAAUCCUCAACUAGAUUCAGACAACGCUCAAAUUGAUGAAAAUGUUCCUCCGGAUGACCUGAUGCCUGAUUCCGUUACAUUGGUUCACGCAGUUGAACCACAAGAAAUUCUACUUGAAAAUGGAGAUAAUGAUCAGGUUAAAACUUUACACGCUAAUGAAAUCAACUCAUAUACUGAAGAUUCGUUACAAAUUAAUCCAUUGACGGAAACGGAAAAAGCAGAUAGUCCUCGUAAUGAUAAAACUAUCGUGUCGGAACAAAUUCCAUUUGAUUCACCGACUGAUAACAGCAAUGUUAAAAACUCUAUAACAAAUAAGUCUAGUAUACCAAAACUGAUAAGAAUCUUGCCUAAUGUAAAGUCCAAGAGCGAUAAAGCGUCUCCAAAACUAAUUGUUUCUAAGGUUCCAGUACGUCGAACAUCUCUUAAACAAUAUCCCGCCCCGGCUCCCCCUAAAUCGCAUUUUGGUAACAUUCAAAGUGGUCAUGUGAAGCAAUUGCAAACUAGACUUUUUAACAACAAGGCAAUUCCUCCUAAACCGGUUCCGACAACAUCGGAAAUGCCAGUAGUACAAGCAACCACUUCAACGUUACACAAGAAAAAACCAGCUCCUCUUCCACCUUUAAAACAUAAUUUAGAGAAACAGCUCUCGCCGCCUAAGACGACCACUCCUCCUAAAGAAAAAAAGCCAUUUUUCCGCGAAACCUGUCGCACAGAAGAUGAAUGGACCGAUAGCGAUUCUGAAAACUCACAAGUUCAGAUCAUAAGGCCAACAGAAGAACCAAAACAUUCACCGCCAUCUCCACCUCCACCUAUAACCGUGAGAAGGGUUUCUGGUCAAAUCAUUGAUUUAGCAAAAGUGAGACUUCCAGAAGGUUCACCAGAGAGGCAAGCUCGCAUGCUACUCGCCGAGGGAGCAACAGAGACGUGGGAGCAGGCCCAGCUUGCUGUAGAGCUAAUAUCACAGGGCGCUGACACACCAGCUGCCCUGUUAGCAGCGCUAGAAUGCAUUGACAUGUCAUCUGCUCUUGCUUAUUUAUACCAAGACUGCGAACUAUGUGCGUCUCGACUUCCAGAGCAUGAGAUGGUGUCAAUGUUGCGUUGCACUCAUCGUUGUUGUCGAGAAUGUGCACAUCAUUAUUUCACCGUACAAAUAACUGAGAGAAGUAUUGCUGACUGCGUAUGUCCGUAUUGUAAACUACCAGAAUUGGAAAGUCUCCCUGAAGACGCCUGGCUUGAAUAUUUUGCACAUUUGGACAUACUUUUGAAAACUCUGCUGGAAAUAGAUGUUCACGAGUUGUUUCAGCGAAAGUUACGAGACCGGACAUUAGCUCGAGAUCCAAACUUCAGAUGGUGUAUGGAAUGUUCGUCAGGAUUUUUUGUUCAUCCAAAACAAAAGAAAAUACGCUGUCCAGAAUGUCGGUCGAUAAGUUGCGCAACUUGCAGAAAACCGUGGAAUACGAAUCACGAGGGUCUGACUUGUGAACAAUACACAGCGUGGCUGGAAGACAACGAUCCUGAACGCUCUGUUACGGCAAUACAACAGCAUUUACGAGAUAACGGACUUGAGUGUCCACGAUGCCACUUUAAGUACUCUCUGUCAAGGGGCGGCUGCAUGCAUUUCACAUGUACUCAAUGCAAGUAUGAGUUCUGUUACGGCUGUGGGAAGCCAUUCACAAUGGGCGCACGUUGUGGCCUUAGUGAAUACUGCGCUAAGCUAGGACUUCACGCCCAUCACCCCCGCAACUGUCUGUUUUAUUUGAGAGACAAGGAACCACAUGAGCUGCAAACUUUACUUCAGAUGAACAACGUUACAUAUGAGACAAAUGCGGCGGACGGCAGCACCGGGCGCUGUCCCGUGCAACUGCAACGAGAAACACCUACUGGACUCGUGGAUGGCACUUGCGGUAGCGAAGUUCCAGCUAACUUUGCAGGGCUCUGCAAGAACCAUUACCUGGAAUACCUGAGUCGAUUGGUCCGUCGUUGCAACAUCGACCCACUUCCGAUCCUGGGCAUAGACGACCUCGAGACGCUGGUGAAGCGCGCCGCGCUCCGGCCGCCGCCUCGGCCCUACGGCUCGCUAGACGGCCUCUACAAGCGAGGCCUCGUUGAGAUAGUCAAAGAGAAGAUUCCACUGGAUUAAAAUGAAUCAAAAUGAUAUGUGUCGGUUGCUUCAAAAUAUAAAUGGAUUAUAGUAAUAUAAAUAAGUCAUCAAUGAAUAUAUUUAAUUAAUUAACAUAAAAAUAAAAUACAAUUAUAAAUUA